AUGUUAGAAAUUCGAGUAAAUAUGAUGAAUCGUUCAUUAUUAUCUCUAACACGUGGUUCUUCUUCAUUGAAUUUAAUUCCAUAUCGUACUAGAAUGUAUACAUGGCUUCAAUAUAAAGAACAUAAAAAUUUUGUUCCACAACUCAAUGCAAAUGAUAUAGGCGAACAUCAGGGUUCACCUCAUGUUCAAGAACGAUUUUUUCGUCUUGGUUGGGGUGGUUAUAUUCAUCCACAAAAACAACGACGUUUAUUUACAUAUAAAAAAACUGACGAACAAAAUCAACGAGAAGAUAUGCAUGUCAUGGCAGCUAAUCGUCGAUGUAAAAUACUUGAAAAAAUGUGUGAUCAUAAAUAUAAUAAACGUCUUUAUCUUGUCGAUCCAAAAUAUAAAAUCUAUGAUCCAUAUCAACGUCGUUGGAAUAUGAAUCAUAUUCCCGAUGAAGAACAUAUAAGUUUAUUCGAAAAACAAACGGCCAUGCUUAAUGAAAGUAGUAAUGUUGAAGAAGGUACAACUAAGCACCGUGCUGAUACAGUUGAUCUUAAUGACAAUGAUUUACAAAUCGAUAUAUCCGAUGCAUUAAGUGAAAAGGACAAAGUUAAAUUUACUGUUCAUACCAAGACUAAAUUAACAACAUUCCAAGAAUCGGAAUUUAAUGUAUCACGUCAACACGAAGAAUUUAUUUGGUUACAUGAUCGUUACAAUGAAAAUGAAGAAUAUGCAGGUUUAAUUAUUCCACCAGCUCCUCCACGACCUGAUUUUGAUUCAUCUCGUGCUAAAUUACAAAGAUUGAGCGAUAGUGAAAGUACACUUACAAAAGAGGAAUAUGACAAAACGAAACAAGAAUUGGAAGCUGAAUAUUUAGCUAUGUUCAAAAAGACUGUAUCAAUGCAUGAAGUUUUUCUUCAACGUUUGGCUGCACAUCCAGUUUUACGAAAUGAUAAUAAUUUCCGUGUAUUUCUUGAAUAUAAAGAAGAAUUAAGUGUUCGUGGUAAAAAUGCCAGCGAAAAAAUUUCGGGCUUUUUUAAAACAUUAACAAAAACAGCCGAUGAAGUUCUAUUGGCUAAUCAAAAGGAAAGUGAUGAAUAUUUUGAACGACAAAAACAAUUCCUUUUAACUUAUAACGCAAAAAUAAAAGAUGCUACAAAUGCUGCCGAUAAAUCAACACGAGCACAUAAAACUGUUGCUGAUACAUAUAUUAAAAUAUCAAGUGGCUUCAAUGCUUUAUCAACAACGGAUAAAACUGAUUUAGCACAAUAUCUUCUAUUAUUAGGUGAUUUCUUUGAAAAAGCUCGUAAAUUAGAAUCACGUGUUCAAUCGGAUAUGGAUCUUAAAUUAUCCGAUACGUUAAGAUAUUAUAUGCGAGAUUCUAAAGCAGCACUUGAUUUAAUGUAUCGUCGUUCACGUUGUUUAGCUGAUUUUGAUACAGCUAAUAAAAAUUUAGAUAAAGCAAGAUUGAAAAAUAAAGAAGUUCAAGCAGCUGAAACAGCACAACAAAAUAUAAAGAAAAAAUUUGAAACUAUUUCAGAAAAGGCUAAAGAUGAAUUGAAUGAUUUUAAAACUCGACGAGUACAAAUGUUUCGAAAAAAUUUAAUUGAAUUAACUGAACUUCAAAUUAAACAUUCUAAAGCUCAAAUUCAAAUGAUCAAAGGCGUUUUACAACAAUCUGAAACACUUUCAUAA